GAAAACGUGGAAGAAGUACUUCGACGUGCAUUUCAUAGCACCCGAGCGUUAAAGGAGACCCGCACAAAGAACUUGUUUGUUCAUUCUCUUUUCUUGCUGCUGUGUUUUCCUUCAUUGCUGCUCCGAUUCUUCUUCAGCUUGCACACGAAGAGGCAUUACACAGAAACAACCAAAACAAAGCCCUUUUUAAAAGGGAAAAAUGGACAGCGACUUAUCCGCCGAAAUAGCGCGUAUCGAGGCGGAGUUGGCGCAGGACGCCGAAAUGCGCCAGCAGCAGCUCUCCCAGCAGCACCAGCAAGCCGCCGCGCCGCCGCCGCCGCAGCAGCAGCAGCUGGCUCAGCAACCACCACCGUCGCAGCAGCAGCAGCAGCAGUUCCAAUUUGGCGGAGAGAACCCCUUUGCUCCAGCACCGUCGCAGCAACAACAACAGCAGGCCCAAGCGCAGCAGCAGCCCCCACAACCGGCAGGCCUCUUCAACGUGAAUGCCUCCCCUUUUACACCUCCACAGCAGCAGCAGCAGCAGCAGCAGGACUUCUUCCAACAGCAGUCCUUCAUGGGCGGUGCCGCCGGAUCUCAAGUGAACGCCGGCGGUGCGAACGCGGCCUCCGCUGCGAACAUGCACAGCUUCUCCAAAGACACCGACAGUCGAUCCGUCUUCGUGGGCAACUUGCCGAAGGGCACGGACGGCGGGGCGACGACGACGCCUGAGGAACUCGCGCAGUUCUUCGGUGACUGCGGUACAAUUUUGAACUGCACCGUUCUGAAGGACCGCGUCACUGGAGAGCUGAAAGGAACCGCCUACAUCGAGUUCGGCGACUACACGGCCAUGGGCAGGGCCAUUGACACGAAGAACAACGCCAACUUCAAGGGAAGUACCAUAAUUGUAUGCGUGAGUCCUCCUACCGCUUCUUUCAUUCAUUUCUUUUUUAACUUCAUUCUAUGUUUACACGUGUUGAGCUCCUCCCCCUCCCCCCUCCCCCCUUGUGGGUUUGUGUUGUGUUGUGUGAAGCACACUUAA